GCCAGUGCUGCAAAAUAUGUACUAGCGAGAAGUUUCUGAUUAGAUUGUGAAAUAACAAGAAGUAAAUAAUAAAAAUAUUAAGGCAAUCACAAAGACACGUGCAGUACAAACAUGCAAAAAGUAAUUGGCCGAUUGCAGGUGCACAUGCUGCGACCCAAUAAUGUCAAAGCACUCACGUAUGUUAUGCGAACGGAAUCAACAGCCGCCGCCGCCGCUGCCGAUGCAACAACAACAAUAAAAUUUGCGGCCACAUCAAAAGAUUUUCGUGAGCGCCAGACGCGUUUCAACAUCAAGAAUGAUCCGACAGAGGGGCGGCCCAUCUAUUUGGACGCACAGGCCACAACACCGAUGGAUCCACGAGUGUUGGACGCAAUGUUGCCAUUUCUGACCAAUUUCUAUGGCAAUCCUCAUUCACGGACACAUGCCUACGGCUGGGAAACGGAGCAGGCUGUGGAGAAGGCACGCGAACAAGUGGCGAAAUUAAUUGGCGCUGAUCCUAAAGAGAUUAUCUUCACGUCCGGCGCCACCGAGUCGAAUAACAUUGCAGUCAAGGGCGUUGCACGAUUCUAUGGAACGAACAAGAAGCAUGUGAUUACCACACAAACGGAGCACAAGUGUGUUCUGGACUCGUGUCGUGCCCUGGAGAACGAGGGAUUCCGGGUAACCUAUUUGCCGGUCGAGACCAAUGGCAUUAUUAGUAUGCAGGAACUGGAGGCGGCCAUGACUCCGGACACUUCCCUCGUCUCGAUUAUGACGAUUAAUAACGAAAUUGGCGUACAACAGCCCAUCCAUGAGAUUGGCCAGUUGUGUCGCUCUCGCAAAGUCUUCUUCCACACGGAUGCGGCGCAGGCAGUGGGAAAAAUCCCCCUAGAUGUGAAUGCCAUGAAUAUUGAUCUAAUGUCCAUCUCGGGCCAUAAGAUUUAUGGUCCCAAAGGCGUUGGCGCCUUAUAUGUGCGACGUCGUCCCCGUGUGCGUCUCGAGCCCAUCCAGAGUGGAGGUGGACAGGAGCGUGGAUUGCGCAGCGGCACCGUUCCAGCUCCCUUGGCUGUGGGUCUGGGCGCAGCGGCUGAGCUCUCAAUGCAGGAGAUGGACUACGAUAAGAAGUGGGUGGAUUUUCUGUCCAACCGUUUGGUAGAGAAACUGACAAGUGCUCUACCCCAUGUGAUACGCAAUGGUGAUCCGGAUAAGACAUACAAUGGUUGCCUGAACUUAUCCUUUGCCUAUGUGGAGGGAGAGUCGCUGUUGAUGGCCCUGAAAGAUGUUGCCCUCAGCAGUGGAUCGGCCUGCACCUCAGCCUCACUGGAGCCAUCGUAUGUGCUUCGUGCCAUUGGCGCCGAUGAGGAUCUGGCACACAGCUCCAUACGCUUUGGCAUUGGACGAUUCACCACACUAGAGGAGGUGGACUAUACGGUGAAUAAGUGCAUCAAGCAUGUGGAACGAUUGCGCGAAAUGUCACCGCUGUGGGAGAUGGUACAGGAGGGCAUCGAUAUAAAGACCAUACAAUGGUCACAGCACUAAGUGUCCCUAUAUAAAGUUGCAGUACAAUACAUACAUAUAUACGUAUACUAUAAUUAAUUUAAAUACAGGCGCAACGCAAAUUGAAUAAAAUGUUAA